UCGAUGUUGUCUCGGUAUCCGAAUUUAAUCCGGGUUUCAAAAUCGGGCACGAUUAAUCAACCCUAGCCACUUUCAAAAAUUCCCCCAAUUUAUUUUCUUUCUUCAAUUCGUGUUCAGAUCUAUUCCUGUUUCCAGAUCGAGCUUCAAAUCAAUUCUUAAAAUAACAUGGGUUUUAAGCGCACUUUUGACGCUGAGGAUGUACACGAGCUCAACGUGAAGCAUGCAAGACAGAUAAGUUAUUGCAAUAAGCUGGUCAAACUAGAUGAAGGAGUUCCAUAUCGUGUUUCUUUGGAGAAGCCAGGUGUUGCCAUAGCAGGAGACGAUCUGAGUGAUCUCUAUGGGUUUAAAUGUGAGGAUAACGUUGAGACUGAUGCACCUUUCUCUUGGAUGACAUCCGGUUUUGAGGAGGAUUCUCAGUCUGGUGGGACGACUCAGUCUACCCUUUCUGAUGAGUCUCCCGAGUCAGAUUGUCUCUGGAGACCAUUUUGCCUUGAAGACGAUGUUGAGUUGUGUCAGAGUUCUCCAAGAAAAGCAGUUCCUAUUGGGUCGGGUUACCAGGCUGAUAUCCCUGAAUGUGUCAAGGAUGAAGUACGUGAUCACAAUGAAGAAGAAGUGAUGAUGGGGAAGUGCGUUAUUCCAAUGUCUGACUGCGAAACUGACGAAAUUGGUAAAGGAAGAAAGGAAUGCAUUUGCAUGGACAAAGGGUCCAUCAGAUGCGUGCAGCAGCAUAUAAUGGAAAACAGAGAAGGCUUGUUUGAAACUAUUGGAUACGAAAGAUGUCUGAGCUUAGGUCUUGGCGAAAUGGGGGAGGAAGUUGCUGGUAAGCUAACUGAGGACGAGGAGGAUCUUUUCCACGAGGUUGUUUACUCCAACCCUGUUUCACUAGACCGUGAUUUCUGGAAACAGCUGAAGUCUUCGUUUCCUUCACGAACCAUGAAGGAGAUUGUGAGCUAUUACUUCAAUGUCUUCAUCCUGCGAAGACGAGCUGUUCAGAAUCGGUCUAAAAGUUUGGACGUUGAUAGCGAUGAUGACGAGUGGCAAGUUGAGUAUGACAACACGUUUCAUGGUCCUGAAACUCCUGGAAAGAGCCUCUCAAGAGUUCAAGAAGAAGAAGAAGAGUUGGUAGCUGAAGAAGAUUCAUGCAUGUCCUAUGACUUCAAGGCCAAUAAUGCAAUCUCCUCUCGAUGUCCAGUUAGAAAGAGAGAAGAAUCCAACGUUGGGAAUUACUGGCGCCACUGCAAUGAUCUUGUGGAGGAUCAUCCGUAUUCAUUUGAUCCUUGUGAUUCGAUACUAGAAGAUCAUUGUUGGAGCAAGAACAUUGAUCUUCUUCCAACGUCUAACAUCAUCGACGAGAUCUUUGGUCAAGACCCAUGGGAGGAUGAUUUCUUUGGGGGAAAGUAGAUGAAGAUGGUCUACAAUCUUCAUUUGUUACUCUUACCUCUAGUUCUGAAUCUUGUGUAUGUAAAUGCUUUAUUUAAAGACAAUCCCAAGUUUGGAAGUUUUCAGGGAGUUCUCUGUAUAGUGUUAACCCCUGCAGUCUUUUUGUUUUUCAACCUUUGUGAAUUAGAAUUAGAUUUUCUUGUAUGAAGAAGAAAAAAUCUUCAAAAACUGUUUAAUAAACUAACUUUUUCAUC